AUGGUGUUGGGUAUUGAACAACCUAAGCCUUCGAUUCGACCCGAACGUUGCACAGAGUUUUUUAGAGAUCACUGUAUGUCAACAUUUAAAUUUUACCAUAAUGUUCUGUGUACAUUCACCCGAAAAUAUGCAAAAAAAGGGAAAACAACCAAAGGAAUUGCUGCCGUCGCUAAAAUACGUGAAAUUAAUGUGGAGACAGAUCCAGAGAAAAUUGUAAACUGCUGCUGUAUUAAUUAUAGGAUAGGUGAACAACCUAUUCCACUGAAGCCAGAUAAUGAGUAUCCGGAUUGGCUCUGGAAAUUACGGACAGAUAGAGGUCCUCCCCCUCUUGAUGAGGUUGAUAAAAAUUCCUACUAUUAUUGGAGACGAAUUAGAAAAAUGAACCGUAACCUGAUCAAUAAGCUGGCUUCCGUGGAUGGGUGGCAUAGGAAAGAUCAUCGGUCGUUUGAAAAUCAUGCCCUUCGAUUUUAUGGUAACUUGUACUUAGCUGUUAGUGAAUGGUCUAAUUCAAAGAAACUACUUGAAAAUAAAAAUUAA